GGGUGACCUUCUUACAAGAAGAAGAAAACCCAGAGACAAGACCCUGUGUUGAGUUUUAUUUCAGCCUCAUUCACCUGAGAUAGGUUAAGUAUAGAGGACCCUUCAGAAGAAAAUCAUCAGCAUGUGGUUAAGAGUUAUUAUCUUUCUUUGUCAGGUAUUUUCAUGUGGAUUUGCAGAGGAGUCGUCAUGCACACCUGGAUUUGAUUCAGAGUCGUUUGUGUUUAAAGUGAACAGAGAUCAUCUUCAUAGAGGAAAAACACUAGGAAGAGUAAUCUUCAAUACCUGUGAUGUAAGAUCAAGAUCAGUCUUUCAGUCGCGUGACAAGCGGUUCAGUGUGAGAACAGAUGGAAGUGUAACACUGAAGACACCGGUGACUCUUCAUGAUGGAUAUAUGAUGUUUGAUGUACACGCUUGGGACUCCAGUGGUAUGAAGCACACAGCAUCUGUCAGAGUUGAAUGUACUGCUCACCAUCAUGAGGAUCAUCACAUGAAUACUGCGGUGAACAUCACUCCACAGCUGAAAUCUUUCCCUGAUGAUUUGAUCGUGAGGUUUCCAAGGUCUUCAGCAGGUCUAAAGAGAGUAAAGAGAGGUUGGGUUAUUCCACCGCUGAAAGAAUCUGAAAACAGUAAUGGUCCUUUCCCACAAUAUCUGGCUAAGAUCAAGACAGAUUUUGCUAUAGAAACUAAGAUGAUGUACAGUAUCACAGGUGAAGGAGCAGAUCAGCCACCUGUGGGUCUUUUCACAUGUGAUGAACAUAAUGGAAAAGUUUAUGUGACGCAGCCUCUUGACAGAGAGAAAAAAGCUUCAUAUAAACUCAUCGCUCAUGCUGUUGGAGAAGGAGGUGUAAGAGAGAAGCCAAUGGAUAUCAUUAUUGAGGUGAUUGACCAAAAUGAUCAUAAACCUGAGUUUACUCAAAAUCCUUUUAAUGGAAAUCUUCCUGAAGCUUCUCCUAAAGAUUAUGAGUUUAUGACGGUCACAGCCACUGAUGCAGAUGAUCCAAAUACUCCAAAUGCUGAAGUCAGAUACUCAAUUAUCAGCCAAGAUCCAUCAUUACCAAAUCCAAAUAUGUUUGACAUCAAUGCUGUAACCGGACGGAUUCGUGUCGUCAGUUCAGGCCUGGAUAGAGAGAAAUUUCCCAAAUAUACUUUGGUCAUUCAGGCUACAGACAGGAGAGGAGAGGGUUAUCCAACGACCGGCAGAGCUGUUAUUAUUGUCACUGACAGCAAUGAUAAUCCACCUCAAUUUGAGCAAGACACGUACACUGUAUCUGUCCUAGAGAAUCAAGUUGGAGUUGAAGUUGCCAAACUCACAGUUACUGAUGGAGAUGAACCUGGAUCACCUGCCUGGUUAACCAAGUAUAAGAUUAUCAGUGGUGACAAAUUAGGAGUUUUUAAUAUCAGUACUGGACCCAGUCAGCUGGAGGGAAUCAUCACCACUUUGAAGCCGCUGGACUACGAGAAGACCAAGCAGUACAUUUUGUCUGUGAUUGUUGAGAACGAUGAUCCGUUUGUCGGCUCUUUGCCCACCUCCACUGCCACAGUCACUGUCAAUGUUGAGGAUGUGAACGAGCCUCCGGUGUUUAAUCCAAAGGAGAAGUACAUUACUAAACCUGAAGAUUUUCCUGUUGGUAGUGACUUGGUUGCUUUUACAGCCACUGAUCCAGACAUUGGAAGAUCACAGAAGUUAACGUACAGAAUCGGCAGUGAUCCCGCUGGCUUUCUCAGUGUCGUUGAAGACACAGGAAUGAUCAAAGUCAAGAGUCCUAUGGACAGAGAAUCUAUUGAGGUCAAAGAUGGCAAAUACAAAGCCAUCAUUCUGGCCAUUGAUAAUGAUGAAACCGCUAGAGCGACCGGCACAGGAACCCUGAUCAUUAAGCUGGAGGAUGUGAAUGAUAACGCUCCCUAUAUUAAUGAAAGGGAAAUAAAGAUCUGUAAUCAAGAGGUGCCUCCAGUCCUCCUCUCCAUCACUGAUAAAGACUUACAUCCCAACGCUGGACCCUUUAGUGUUGACACUUAUGGAGACACCAUGAAAAACUGGACUGCCAAGAUGAAUGAUUCAGCAACUGGCAUUGAGCUGAUGCUUAAAUAUCCGCUGGGGCCUGGCGUCUACAAUGUAGUCCUGAGAGUUUUCGAUAAACAGAAGUUGUAUCAGGACACCUUGUUAAAAGCGACUGUGUGCGACUGUAAGGGUGAAAGUGUUGUGUGCAGUGAGAAGCGGACGGCUAGGUUGUCGCUGUCUGUAAUUAUCAGAAUCAUUUGCACCAUUGUGGCUCUGGUUUCUAUAUCCUUUCUAUUGGUAUAUUUUAUGAGACCACAGAUUUGUUUUGGUCAAGGUAGUGUUUGAUUUCUUUGAAUGUACAACCCCAA